AUGUCCGGGGCUGAGGAGGCCGGGGGCCCGGCGGCGGCAGCGGGGGGACCCGCGGGUUCCGGUGCCGGGCCCCCGGGGGCUUCCUCCAUGGCCGUGUCCGUAUCCGUGCUGGGGGAGGCGGCGGGGCCCGGGCUUCCAGAUGAUGCGGGCCUGCCCGCGGGCCGCUCGUUGCCCCUACCCGAGGCCGGCGGCGACCCAGAUGCGCCGCCCAAGAAGCGGCUGCGGGCGGCCGAGGCGGAGGCGGCGGCGGCAGCAGCGGCCUCGGCAGCUACGGCUUCGGCGUCGGCGUCCGCGGGGAGCGGGAAGCUGGAGGAGCGCCUGUACUCCGUGCUCUGCUGUACAGUCUGCCUGGACCUGCCCAAGGCCUCAGUCUACCAGUGUACUAAUGGUCACUUGAUGUGCGCUGGCUGUUUUAUCCACCUACUAGCAGAUGCCCGGCUGAAGGAGGAACAGGCCACAUGCCCCAAUUGUCGUUGUGAGAUCAGUAAGAGCCUCUGCUGCCGAAACCUGGCUGUGGAAAAAGCAGUGAGUGAGCUGCCGUCAGAGUGCGGCUUCUGCAUGCGCCAGUUCCCCCGCUCCCUCCUGGAGAGGCAUCAGAAAGAGGAGUGCCAGGACAGGGUCACGCAGUGCAAAUACAAACGCAUCGGUUGCCCGUGGCAGGGCCCCUUCCACGAGCUGACUGUGCAUGAAGCAGAGUGCACGCAUCCCACCAAGACUGGCAAUGAGCUAAUGGAGAUUUUGGAUGAGAUGGACCAAACCCACAAGAAAGAGAUGCAGCUAUAUAACAGCAUCUUCAGCCUGCUCAGCUUUGAGAAGAUCGGCUACACAGAAGUUCAGUUCCGCCCGUACCGUACCGACGACUUCAUCACACGCCUCUACUACGAGACACCGAGGUUCAUCGUGCUGAGCCAGACAUGGGUCCUGAAGGCGCGGGUGAACGACUCUGAGAGGAACCCAAAUCUGUCCUGUAAGCGCACCCUCUCCUUUCAGCUCAUCCUGAAGAGCAAGAUCAGCUCCCCUAUGGAGUGCUCCUUCCUCCUGCUCAAGGGGCCCUAUGACGACGUGAAAAUCAACCCCGUGAUAUAUCACUUUGUCUUCACCAAUGAGAACAACGAGACCGACUAUGUGCCGCUCCCCAUCAUAGACUCCGUGGAGUGCAACAAACUGCUGGCCGCCAAGAACAUCAACCUGCGGCUCUUUAUAUUCCAGAUACAGAAAUAGGCAGGGCCGGGGUCAUGCUGGCAAGCUCAAGGAGAAAGCAAGCACCACUGAACCGUACUUACCUCGUCUGGGCGGCCUGCACCAGUUGUGAUUUCACAGUAUAAUCGGAUCGUUUUAGAAAAAGGAGGGAGGAAACAAAAACAAAAACCCAAACCAAUUGGAACAGAGUCUGCAUGCGUAUGCAAAAGUGUAAGCAGCCACAGCCUGCCUUCUCUCUUCCCCUCUCCUAGAUACCCUGGGCCAGGGCCUUCCCCAACCAACAGCCUGCCCAGCUGCCCUCGCAGGCCGGGUCAGUGGGGAGCUAGACAGCAGUGGAGACCUCUGCAGCGUUGCCCUCAUCUGCCAGGGAGCGUGUGGGAAAACAGCGAGUCAUCCCCUGUUACUCUGUUACAUUGUGGCAGAGCAGUGUUGGCUUGUUCAUGGUUAAGUGCACAAUUUCCUGAUGCAUGGGGGCUCAGGGGAUCCUGGCUGACUUUAGACAGCAUAUUUGAUUGAAAUUAAAAAGGCAACAUUGUUUCCUAUUUUUUUCUUUUGUUUGGGUGGAGAAGUCUAGCUCUGGUUUAACAUUUGAGAAUACUAUUUUCUUUGAUUUUAUGCAGUCAAAUGGGGAAUUGGAAAGGGAAGAAAGCUAUCCAAUUUCCUUUCCCUUUUUUUAAUCUACUUAUCCACAGGAAAGACCAAUGGGAAUGUUACGGUAUCUUUGAGAAACCUAACAAGGUGAAGCCUAAGUUUCUGGGGAUAGGGGCUGGACGAAGGGGAAUGAGGGAAAUCCUCAUGUAAGGAAUGCACCAUCCCAUGCCAUCCACCUCUCAGGUAUCUGGGAAGUAGACAGAGAUGGAAGGGCUGUUUUAAGCUGUCUGAUGUGUGAAGCUGGGCCCUCCUCAUCUUCUCCCCUUCCUCUCCCCACAUGUGCGUCCCCUCCUUUCCCCCCCCCUCCAAGGUAUCCUGAGGCCUUUGGGAGAGACCAGCUUAAGGGUCAAGGGAGCUAACUUGAUGGGAGUAUGAUGUGACUUCUAGGCCUAGAUCCCUGGGGUGAGUUUUUGUUAAUUCCCAGCACAGAAUCCUCAUGCUUUUGAUUGGGUUCCCAGGGCAUUAUCUUCAGGUUUAUAUUUAUGGCACAUGGGAAUAAGCUGUUUGCUUUUCUCUUUCUUUCCUCUCCCAGCCUCACUCCAGCUCCUUCAGGGUCCCCAGAAACCUACACUCAAAAUAAUGGAGUUCUCAUUCAUUUUUGUAUUAUGUUCAAUCAUGAAAAAAGGAAUACCAUGGGCCACAAUGUAUUUUCAUGUUUCAUACCCUGCCUCCCACUCCGGUCCCUACCCACUUGCCAAAUAUAGCCCAGGCUGCAGUUCUCACUGAGACAGGACGAUGCCUUUGGGGCUCAACAGACAUUUUCGGAAUGCAGGGUGAAAUUCUGUCUCUUCCCAGAAAAAAAAAAGAAAUUAACCUCUUUACAGGCUCUUCUAGCAAUUAUACAAUUUUCCAGUGUGAGAAAGAAUAUGUAUUUUAUAUAUGAUGUCUCUGGCAUGUUUGCGGACAGGCCCAGGAUAGCCGUUCACCAAACUGUGAAGAGUUCUACAGGGAUAUUUGCUCAACACUGUUUAGCAAAGUGAAGUAUGUGACUUAGUUGUGGAGGGAAACUGUCUUAGGAAAUUGUGGCUAGUAGAUGGUGUCUAAAGCCAGCUUACCCCCGUCACAUUGGCCACUUUGGGACAUGGUUUUGUACUGUGUCUGUGGAAUAACUGGAUCAGUCCAAUUGUACAUCGUAUAAAAUCCACUACGAGACUGCAAUGCUUCUGGCUUCUCUGCUUUGGGUUUUUCUUGGAUGUCGGUCAUCUCUUCCCAGUCUGGCAUGGUUACCUUUUCUCCUGUUGUGACCAGUGGUAAACUGGUGAAGCUCGUGUGUCAGUGACUCAGUGACCCUCAGGAGGUAAAGGCAACAUAGUCUUUUAGAGUGAGCUCUAGGGUGAUUUAUAAGUGGUUUCCAAAAAAUUGUCUUGUUGACCCAUAGGUGGGUUUUAGCUUUUGCUAGAGAAGAGUGUGAAUCUGUGUAUAUGGGUGUGUGUGUGUGUGUGUGUGUGUGUGUGUGUGAGAGAGAGAGAGAGAGAGAGAAUGUAUGGGGAAGGGGUGAUGUAAGAGGAGAGAGCUACAGUGUUUUCCUGACAAAGCUUUUUUGUGGUGUGUGGUAAAGUGGAAGUUCAAAAGGGCAAGUAUGGGGAGAGCCUCUCUUUGCUUUCAACUCUCCUGAUCCAGUCCCUGCUCUCAGCACCCCCUGAAAGCUGCCUGGAGACAGCAUACCAACAACUUUUCCUCCUUUCCCCUGCUCCCUACCCCUUGCUCUGAAAGAAUGUUACCCAUUAUAGCUUUUUUGUUGAUCAAAUACCAAAGAACCACAUUUCCUUCAGUCCUCUUUCCUCUCUUCUCCUCAAAUCCUGCUUUAAACUAGGCCUACUCUUUCAUCAUCAUGUACUAUGUAGAAUUAAACCGGAUUCCACCCCAAUUACCUAUUUGGUAAGGAGGAGUGACCAAGGUGGUACCAAAUUAACCAGAGCAUGGGUCCUUUGGAGCAAUGUGGCAACUAUCUUCACUAUGCUUGCUUUUGGUCUGAGUUCUUCCAAGGACUAGACAAAGAGUUAGAUAUGUGUGGGACCUUUCAGGACCUUGCCAGCUUAUGGGGUGCCAUUUGAGAGCUUCUGACCUCAAGGAUCAUUUAUUCUGUUCAGAGACUGUGGAGGAAAAGCAGCAGGUCUUUCUUAGAUUUGACAAUGAUGAGGUUAGGACACUGCAUGGCAAGAGCACACAUCUUCUCAAAGAAUGAUGGUCAGCUAUACCAUACCAAGCACCAAGGUCCUUUUCCCCCUCCCCAAACAUAGAUAUAAUUUCCUGCCCCCUUCUUGGCAGUGGGAAUCUUGGUAUGAAAUGCUCCGUAUACUGUCAGGCUCAAUUAUUUUUUAGCUAACAUUCAUCCUUCAUUCCUGCAAUGUGCCUGGGUUGUCUGUGAUGAAAUGGAUCAGUAUUUGCUGCCAACUGGGUCAGGGCUUUUCUAGGGCCCUGACUGAGGAAAUUCUUCCACCCUAAGCACCCAAGGCUCACCUGAACUACCCCUUCUCCCUGCUCUUCCCCCCCCCAUCCCCCUUGUGCUAUUAGGAAAGAAAUCUAAUCUCUCGUAUCUGCAUCCUCAGGCCCCCAUAGGGCUUCUAGUAACAAAUAUUAAUAUUUCAUUGAGUUCCAGGCAUCUUCAGGAGGAAGCAUAAGUGAAAGGAGCUUCCACUAGGUGUGAAGGAAUGUGAUUGACAUCUAGGUUACAGGCCUUCUGCUGUGUAAACACAAGACAAUUCAGAAGAGAUCAAGUAGACAUAGCUUAUCCUAUGGGGCUGAGGAAAGGCAGAGAGAAGACAAUUUUUCUGGGCCAGUGCUCCCUACCUCUCAACCUCUCACCCUUAGGAAAUAUCAGAGGGAGUGAGGCUGAGGGGAAGAGAUUUGCAAGUGAAUUUUUAAAAACACUUCCUUAAAGGCCAGGGUACAUGCACUGGGUACAUGAAAGCCUGGGCUUUUAGCUUUUAAAGUAAAAAAUUCUGUUUAGGCAAGUUUCUCAUUUUGCCAAUAACACCUCUCCCCUUCUCUCCCCCAUCCCACAUGCCUCCCUUCCUUCUGCAAAGACGGAACUCCCCAUACCUUCAGCAUUGUCCUCCUACACCAUCAGAUACUCAGGUAAAAUCCAGUGUUAACCCAGCUGCUAAUUUGAAUGGGCUAAUUUCAGGUGGCAUAAAGGUGGCUAUGUAGGUGUGUUUGGAUAUGUGACGGUGUGUGUGUUGUCAAUGAUGGGGAGGCCAUUCUCACAAGCUGACAGCACAAGUGCUAUCUAUUGACAGUUGGCCACCUGUUUUACCUUAAAAGGGAGUGGGGAGGGAGACAGAAUUCUUGGUUUGGGUUUCCAGAUGGGGAGCAGCCAUCCUUUGUUGAGCAGCCAUGUAGUCCUUUCACUGUUUUUUAUUAUUGUCUCUACCCUUCCCUCCGCCCUGACUUCAGGUAUGACUGACUCGCUUCCUGUGUAGUACAGGUAGGCAUCACUGGGUGAGUUAGUGAAUUCUUGUUGACUUUUCAGGAUUGACUCUUGUCAGACUUUGUACCAGGUCAUCUUUUUGGUUAAAUCUUGUGAGGGGCAAAAAGAGAGUAGUGCGUGGGUAGCGAACUAGUAACAGAUGUAGCCUCACUGUAGUAUCUUUCUAGGAAUGAUGCACUGGCCUCUCUCAUGAUGGCACUGUUUUCGCUGGUUUCUCGGGUGACUGUUAUAUGUAUUUCAAAAUACCUGAUGGGAGAAAGAUCUGUCCUCUUGGUAUUUUGGCAGAUUCUCUUAGAGUUAUUAUGGCCUCUGCUUUUUGAGCAUUAAGAAGGUCUGUCUCAGAAAAAAACAGGGACACACAACAGAUCUUCUGGUGAUAACGAGACAAAUCUUCAGUGCUGCUGUUGUUACUGUUAAUAUGUGUGUGCAUGGGAGUAGCAGGUGGGAGAAUAAUGGUGAAACCAACCUGUGACCCCAACAUCUUCAUUGUCAGCACCAGGAGCUGAUAAAAUACAGUAUGGGUCAAGGGAGGGUGGUCAGAGUGGUCAGAUGGGUGGCUCUCAUGUAGGGAGAGUGAAGUUGAUAAUCCAGAGGAAAGCUAGUUUGUUCUCUUCACCUGGUCCCUUCAUUGAACUAAGUAAUGUUGUACUAACACUCUGUACCAAUGUAUCUUAUCACAUGAACCCAGGUGAUAAAUGGUGCCCCUGUCCCUGACCUUCCACAUUGUAGGUAUUUCUUACCUUGUGCCUUGACAGUCCACCAGAAUUCUAGCAAGUGGGCAAGGGAGAUGGCCAGUUAGACUGGACAGGGUGGCAUCCCCAAUAGCCUAAUGAAGGGCAUCACUAUCUCCUCCCACCUUCAACAGGGUGGGCUUUGUGGUGUCUGAUAAUAUCCUGUCAUGGUAACAGCUAUAGGUCUGUGUGCAUGUGAGUAUCUCUCCCUGUGUAUCUGUGUGUGUGUGUGUGUGUGUGUUUGUGUGUGUGUGUGUAUCUGCAUCUGCAUUUUAGCUUCCAGAAGGCCCUGCUGUGUGUGAUAAAGAGGGGGACCAGUGUUCUUUUUUCUUUGUUGCCCCUUGUCCCCCUAUCUCCACCCCGGCUCCUGAGCAACCUUCCCACAGAGAACUCUGAGUAUGUUGCCUAGAACCUUCUAUUGAGGAUGAGGGCAGGAUUCUACAUUUGGUUAAGCUGGAGGAGGGGAAAGGAGGAGGACUGAGGUGGGGAGUGAGCUCAGGGUGAGAAAGUCAGGAAGAUGUCACCUCAGUAGGAAAGUUGGUGAUUUCCAGGAGACCUGUCUGGUUGGUUUUGUUUUCUAAAUGCUUUGCCAAACUGGUACUGGUGACAGGAAGUAUUUUUCUACUCUCCAGACAGCCAAGGCCCCUUCUAUUGGAAGGUAUGUAUGUGAGUGUGUGUGUGUGCACACCUGUCCUUCGGUGAUGGUCCAAAAGAGAAUUGUAAAUAAAUCAUGAUGUUUUUACAUAGCCUAUCUCCCAUAGUCACCAAACAGUCCCUCCUCCCGCCCCUCCCCUCUUUCACUCCCCAGUAUUCUCCUCUGGUUUCCCUAGGCCCCCAUGGCCCCUAUAUUGUUCAUACACAGCAGCUGAGCCUUACUGCCUGGUUCUGAACUGGGCAUCUUGAAAGAUUGUAGCAAGUGUCUCGUGCCCCACUGGGAGACGGGCAGAUCACAAACCUCCUUGCAGUAUUCACUGUGGGUAAUUUAUUUAACUAGUGAAUGUAGAUUAAAGUAAUUAAAACGAAGAGAAACUAAUGCUUUGUCUGCGGGAUCAUGUGUCCUCCUUGUAUCCUAACCUGAUUUUUAAUUUGUUGUCUUGUUCUUUUGAGGCUCUCUUCUGAGGGCCUAGUAGAGAGCCAUUGGUAUGGGGGAGGGGAUCAGGGAUAAGUGUUGGCAGAGUGGAUACGGGGGGAGAAGAACUAACCUUGGAAACUCUGGAGGCCUUAAGUCCAGAUGGAAGGGCAGGGUGGAUCUUUAGGAGACAAGUACUUAGUACUGGACUCCAGUGACUCCAGAGGUGGGGGAGGAGGCUUGGGGCUGGGGUUUUAUUAGGGGCUCAGCCAUCCAUCUCUUCCCUCUCCCUUCCCCUCCUCUCUCUCCUUUCUUCCCCCCUUCCCCUUUCUUCCCCUUCCACAAGCACUACAUCCUUUGAUUCACUUAAAAUGAGAAAUUUACAAAAAUAAUUUUUAAACAAAAGCAAGAGAAAAGUGUUUUUAACGCUGUUGGGAAUGAUUCAUUAUGUUACUUUUGUGGUCUGCGUUCUGUUUGGAUAUUUUCUGUAUGUAACUGUAGUUUAAAAAAAAAUUGCCAAACUAUG